AUGUCGGCUCACCAUAUGAGGGACAAGGCAUCGGCCGAGGCGCCGGACGAGUCGGGCCCGAGCAAGGCCCGGAAGGCAUGCGUCAAUUGCAGAAGGCAAAAGUCCGCUUCCCAUCGUGAGAGUCUCUCGCUGGCAUCUUUGAUCCAGGCGAAUGAGCAGGUUCCCGCACUAAACAAGUCUGUCUUUCUUCGGUUGAAGCGACUCGAGGACCACUUGGGUCUGCCAGUUCUCACCCAUGUGGAAGAAGCGGACUCACCUGCGUCACCAGACAUACCAACGGUCGAACCCGAGACACCUGGGGAAACCUCCCUAGGCGCUCUCUGGAGCGCCGUGUCAGUCUUGCGAAGAACAUGUUCAUCGAAUGUGAGCUCAAACAUUUGGGAGAAAUCCAUGAUCAAAAGACUAUGGCUAUCGUAUGUCCGCCCCCGUGGCUCGCUACAUUGUCCCUCGGUGGUUGUCCCGGCAUGUCUAACGCCCCGCAGCUUCCACGAAACCAUGCCAGGGCUUCACUUUCUCCCCACCAAGCAGACCUUCUCGUCGCCGAGACCACUCAUGCUGGCCUCGAUGCUCUACUGCUCAAGUAUACGAGGCCUGCCCGAGGUCGCUGUCUUGGCGCCAGACUACUUCAGCGUCUUGUGCAGCGCCAUCUCCCAGCUGUGCAUACCACAAAGCGAGGUCGGCCAAGCCCCCGAUGACCCAGCCUCGGCCGAAGAAUGGGCCUUUCAGACGGUUUUGGGCAUCAUACUUGCCGGCCUGCUGAGGGAAGCUGUUGUGAAAGAAACGGGGGUCUGGAUUUCUCUGGCCUACCGCCUCAUCUUGGAGCACUGCCCCUCCAACACGGAUGAACGAUCUCGCGAAUGGCAACGUCUGUUCUCUGGCCUUCAGAUUGUCGAUCUCGAGCACGCCUCAAUACACCUCUCCUGCCCAGUGAUACCGAUCGAAGCGCCCCUCCCGCGACUCAAGAUCCCAAUACAAGACCAGCUAUACCGACUCUCUAGAAUGAUGCAUACAGGCCUGACUCACUUCACAGGCAGAGGGCUGUCAACAAUAUGGUCCUGUUUCGAAAGCGAGCCCAGCAUCUCGCAAAUAUCGUCCGUUGCGUUCAGCGGGGUUGACGGCGCAGUCAUCCGCGACUGGGCACGGCAGUUGGACGACUGGCUCGUCGAGUUUAGCGACAAGGACUAUGAGUCGGAGCACGAGAAGAAGCUUGUGUUCCGGCAGUACAUUUUGCACCGGCUCCUCGUCCUGUCCAUCUAUCACCCGGCCCGAGGCUGCAACCUCUUCUCCAACACGACACCGAAAGAGCAGCACGAGCUGCUCGUGUCUGCGAGGGCGGCUGUCAAACUCCAGAUUUGUGAUGCUUCGAUAUGGUCCAACUGGGAUCUCGUCAUGAUCACCUGGGCUGCUCUCAUUGUACUGCAAGGGGUGGAUGGUGGUGUAGGAGAACCCGACGAUCUUGAGAACGUGGGAGUCCAUCUCCAAAAGUUGAAGGAGAUGCAUGAGCCCAAGCCCAGCCUGCGAGGCAUUCUGGCUACGCGACUUGAGCAGAAGCUUCAGGGGCUGCAUACACCCGCUUCAGGAGACGCAGAGGUGUUUGAGCAAGAGAUUCGCAACUUGGAUAAUUCGUGGUACAUCUUUGACCAGUCGAGUCUGCAAGCAGGCUAUGAGCUUUGGUCAUAUGAGAAUCAGGGGGGAUAG